GAAGGCGGAAGGAGUUUCUGAAUGACCUCAAAAGCAUGCGAAAACCAUGUUUAUAGGAUUUGUACUGUAGAAGUGUCGUUGUAAGUGAUUUAAUGUAUGAAAAGUAAAUGUUGUGGUUGUUCUAAUGGAUCCUAAUCUGCUGCACUGGAGGGAGCAGGGACAGUCUUUCCUCCGUCGACUACAGACGUGGAUUCAUCUGCUGGAUCCAAGCCUCCUCCUCUCCUCUGAUCCUGAAAUACAGAAAGCCCACGCUCUUAUUGGAAGUUCAGACCCACAAGACAAAAAGGAUGAAGCGGCGCUGACCCUCUCACUUUCGUCGGCCCACGCUGACUCUGGUGCUGCUCUUCCACUAGUGUUCCGUCCUCCAGCAUUUUUGCCCAUAUCAGGACCGUUGGUUUUUGCCAGCCUUUUGCCACAUACUACCGUCAAAUCUGCACUGUUUUGGCAGUUUUUGCUGCAGAGUUACAACGCCGGGUUCAGCCACGCAAACAGAAACGCUUCCACAGAGCAGGGCAAGAAAACAUCUUUGAAGCAGCUUCUGCUGAUCGCUGGAACUGUCUCCUACACAUCAUGCGCAGGGGCCCUUCCUCAGAUUUUAAUUAACCGGCUCAGUAUAAGAAGCCCAGACGUCCUGAUGUUCUGCAGGUCAAUAAUUCCAAUCCCACUCACAGCUGCUUUGGCCUUCUUCAAUGUGUUCACUGUCAGAAAUGAGGAGUCAGAAACUGGGAUCCAAGUGUUCGACCGCGAUGGAAAUCCUGUCGGCAUCUCUAAAGCAGCAGCAGAAAAGGCUGUGAGGGAAACUGCGUUAUCUAGAGCAGUGCUGUUUGGUUGCACCGCUGUCUUCCCUAAUCUGCUGGUUUUGCUCUUAAAGAGAACAAGAUUCUUCCAGAAGAACUCCCUGCUGGCUGCUCCUUUCCGGCACAUCAGUGCUGUGCUCACCAUGGGCCUGAUGGUUCCUGUCUCAUUCAGUCUCUUUUCACAACUGGGAACGAUAAAGAGGGAAGCGUUGGAGGAGGAGCUGCAGGCUGGAGCAGCUGGUGGACAGUUAUUCUACCACAGAGGACUCUGAGGAGCAGCCAGAUACACAAUCAGCCCAAGCACACGCUGCCAUUACCGAUAACACAACCGUAAAAGUCUUCUGUAACAUCGUGCAGCUCAAAAAGUUUGAUGCGUGUGACAAACUCAAAGAUGCGAUGUGGUAUUCAUGUGGGAUAUUUUGUUUAAAAAUGUUAUUUAAUUAAUAAAACAAGCAAGAAGCUA